GGGCCGGCUCAGAAGGCGAUGGCAGAGAUGCAUAGCUCAGAGGAACCAGGUGGCUAUGAGAAGUUGUUUGGGGACCAGGGCUUGCAUGAGAAACACGCUUCGUUGUUCGGGACCUUGCGGCAACGGUGGUCAGGAUGUCUGUCCUAAAUUUCCUUAUCUCUGUUGUUACUGUUGGUCACGUCUUUGAGUUUGUUCUUGCUCCUGGUCAUCAUCCUGAUACAAGCUGUUGCUGCUCAUCAAAUACAGUCGAGUCUGGAGGGGAUCCGUGAACAGGUGGCUCAGAUGAACAUCACCCUGACCGCCUUGUGCUACCCCUGCCCGCGGGGCUGGGAGCAUUUUGAGGAGAGCUGCUAUUUCUUCUCUCGCUCCCAAAAGACCUGGGAAGCAUCCGUGGCUGCCUGUCAGAACCUGAAGGCUCAAUUGGUGAUCAUCAAUAGUGAGGCAGAGGAGAGGUUUCUGCAGGCUUGGGAAGUCAGGAAUAAGAAACGCACCUGGAUUGGCCUCAGCGACCAGCACCACGAGGGGUCCUGGCAUUGGGUGGACGGGACCCCCCUCCAGCUCAGCUUCUGGAAUGAGGGGGAGCCCAACAAUAUCUCGGAGGAAGACUGCGCAGAGUAUUUCGUGGACGGCUGGAAUGACAGCUUGUGUCACCUGGAGAAAGCGUGCAUCUGUGAGAAGGCCUCCAGUCCCUGCCAGCCGCUCUGAGGUCCCGCCUACAAUCCGGCGGCCACGCCCACAAAACAGACAAUGGCCACGCCCACAAACCCAGAGGCCACGCCCAGAAAGAGGCUCCGCCCACACUCCAGAGGUCCCACCCACUG